UGACACCUAGUUCUUAUGGUUCCACCCUGUAAACCAGGAGUUCUCAAGUCUCUCAACUCACCCUUCAUCAAAAGUCUAACGUCAUCACCCUUCCAUUUCCAACUCUAGAGGGGUGGGCGUAAACGCGUCGAUUUUACUCCCCCCUCCCUCUCAUUCCUUUUUGUUUAAAGAAUUCAGCAUGUCGUACCCACCCCCUCAACAGCCAGGCUUCAAUCUUCCACCACCUGGAUAUCCUCAGCCUGCUUACUCGACCCCUGGAUAUGGCCAACCUGGAGAAGGCCAAGUUUAUCCUCAACCAGGUGGUUAUGGGCAACCAAUGAGUUUCACACCUCAGUAUCCUACACCAGGAGGUCAGACAUAUAUCCCACAAGGAGGUCAAGCAUAUCCUCCCCCUGGGCAGGUUUAUCCACCACCAGGGGGUCAGGGGUAUCCUCCACCGGGAGGUCUGGCGUAUCCACCACCAGGAGGUCAGGGGUAUGCCCCUUUAGGGGGUCAGGCUAUCACAACCCAACCACAAGCACAUGGAGCUCCAGAUGCUGAUGGCUGGAUGAGUUUACCGUCCAGCAUUCCAAUGUGCCCGCCAGGUUUGGAAUACCUUACAUCGAUUGAUCAGCUCCUGGUGCAUCAAAAGGUUGAGAUUCUAGAAGCUCUGACCGGGUUUGAAACUAAAAACAAGUUUACAGUAAAGAACUCUGUGGGUCAGAAAGUUUACAAAGCUGUUGAAGACAACGAUUGUCUGACAAGAAAUUGUUGUGGUCCCCUUCGACCGUUUGACAUGAAAAUUUUGGAUAACUUUGACAAUCAAGUGAUCCACCUGAAUCGCCCACUUGCUUGUGAUUCUUGCUGCUUCCCUUGCUGUCUACAGUCUAUGGAUGUCUCCUCUCCUCCUGGCAACCAUAUUGGCAAAAUUGAACAAGAAUGGAGUAUCUUGAAACCAAAGUUUGUUAUAAAGGACCAUAAUGAUGAGGUAGUGUUGAAGAUUGAAGGCCCUUUCUGUACUCUCAGUAUUUGUGGAUCCGAUGUGGAAUUUAAGGUACUCUCAAAAGAUGGUGAACAUGAAGUUGGAAAAAUUUACAAACAAUGGGCUGGAAUCUUGAGGGAGGCAUUAACAGAUGCUGAUCAUUUUGGAAUUACAUUUCCUAUGGACCUUGAUGUCCGUAUGAAAGCAGUUAUGCUUGGUGCAUGCUUCCUCAUUGAUGCUAUGUUUUUCGAGAAGACUCAGAAUCGUUCACAGUCUUUAAUAUAACCUUUGAAGAUAUUACAAUAACAUGAUGUUGUGAGGUAAAAGAAACACCUUGAAGAGUCUUUUUAUUACUUGUGCCUUGUGCUAUGCUGUCUGUGCCUAUGCCCUGCUGAUGUCUUGAAUUUAUGUAAGAUUUCUAUUUCUUGUAUACCAUCUAUUUUACAGUGUUCUUUUUAUUUGAUUUACUGGAACACUCAGAUUUGACCUUCUGUGUCUUUGUACUUCCAUGUUCAAUUUAUACUUUUCAUAUUUUUCUCUUUGUAUUGAAUGCACAAAUUCCUGAUAAAUGUGUGUGCCUUUAUGUAUUUGAUUAUAGGUAUCUUGAUACGAUUUAACUUUUUGAUGUUUAAACUUGUAUAAGUGUUGGCAGAUUUGCCAUUUACAGUUUCAAGUAUUUAAUUGUGUAUGAAAAUCACAAUAUUUGUAUUUUUGCCGUAAUUUUACACGUGUGAUAGCCUAGACAAAUGCCUGGUGUAUCCUAAAGUAACGGCACCUAAGUGGACUUCAACCAAAGACCAAUAGCUUGUCAGACGACCAAUAGCUUGUCAGACUGUACAGAGUACCUGUCCCGUACCUCAGAACAGAAAGAAAACUGCAGAAAAAACAGCUUUAAAUUCUUAAUCCUCAUGGGGGGAAACGAUGGCUUCCAAAGAUUUUCUCUUCCAAUUUGAGCAGAACUACUGCUUCUGGUUUUAUCAGGCUUGGGAAUGUCAGAAGUUUUCUUUGAAACCUAGAAUAUAUCUUAUGGUCCAUGUGGGCUUCUGCAGUCUGAAGUAUUGAUUCGCCACAAUUUAAGGCUGAUAUUUCAAGAAAGUGUAAUGCUUGCUGUUAUGCUGUUUGAUUGAAAAAAAAAAUAUUGAUGUUAUUGCUAAUAUUUUUAAAUCUAAACAAUGAAAAUUAGUCAUAGAAGCUAAUGUGUUACUAUAUAUGGAUACGAUGUUUGUGCUGUGCUGUUUUUGCUGUUCAAUAAAAAAUUAUAAUUAAAUUAAA